AUGGAUCUGGAUCCAGGCUGUGAUAAGGGUGACAAAGGUGAUGAAGAAGUACCAGGAGCCAAAGGUGAUAAAGGAGACCAGGGUGAUCGAGGGGUUAACAUCAAAGGUGAUAAGAGUGACAAGGCAGAUAAAGGUGACAAAGGGGACAAAGGUGAUCAAGGAGAAAAAGGAGAUAAAGGAAAUAAGGUAGAUAGAGGGUCUCCUUGUCCCAACUGCGGAAGAGGCGGAGGAGACGGAGACGGUGGAGGAGGAGGAGGUGGUGGUGGUGGAGGCGGACCUCCUGGACCUCCUGAAUCUCGUGGGUGUCGUGAUUAUCAUUAUGAAGCUUCAAAAAACAUUCGUCUUUUACCUGGUCUAGUUCGUCGGCGUGCUAUUCUGCGUGCUCGUCGACGACGCCGCAUACGAGCUCGUGGCAUAGGUGGUAGUCGAAACAUCACUAUACCAAUUUUGACUCCAUAUAGACCUGUCACUCCUGAACUCUGGUCACCUCCCCCAGGUGAGCGGGAUUCGGAAAACGUCCCAGCCGGGAAUCUACAAGCCCGAGGUCAACAGCUAUAUCAAUGGUUAGAAGACCCUAAUAAACCUGGCUGUAAUAUUACACACCCCUUCAAUAUUGGGUUGAGAAUCAGAGAACUCAUGGUCGAGGGAGCAGUUCCUUCACGGGCCCCAAAUGUCCCCUUGUCUGAGGUCAAGUAUAACCUCAUUGACCUUGGAUAUGCGAUAGAUAUUACAUCACCUCAACUCUGGACUGAACGUUCUAGCUAUUUUGGGACUAGAGGAUCCAGAAACCAUUAUUCUGGGCUCAACGCACCUGGACUUAUUAUAGCGGAGGUCAUUUAUAGUGAUGCAGUGCUGCGAGAGGCUCAAAUUUACAUGUCUAACAUAAUGGCUCACUUUUACGAAAGUGACACAGUUAAUGACGAUCUAAAAUACAUUCUUGUUACUCAUAUCGCAAACGAACAAACUCGCGCGAUUCUUGAUGAACUUAUUACUCAAGUCGCGGAUCCCUUGACAGGAUGGCAAGAUCCACCAUACAAAGAUGGUGACAUACUUUCUUACCAACCCGACAGCGAUAAAUUCUAUGAAUUUUUGGGUUCCCGUAUUGGACGGGUGGCGGGAGAGACUGUACUUUGUCUUCAUCCUCGAGGAACCCAUUUUAUUAGUCAAAUUUCGAUUCGAGUGAUUAGUGCUACGCAAAUGGAGCAGCAAAAUCUGGAAUUUUAUGACAGGGUAAUGAACGUGCGCUUUAACGUCGAACAAUAUGUACUGCGCUAA